AUAUAGUUAUGUUGUAUACAUAAUUUUCAUAAAACUAUCAUAUGUCAGCACAGAUUAGAUGAACAUUGUUAUGAAUAGAGUACAAACGCGCAUAAAACAACUAAGAAUCGGACACACCUAUUUGUAAGCUAAAGAACCAACCUAAAGUUCCACAUCACGGCGUCUAAGUUGCUCUGUACUGGCUUCCAAUGAGAGGGCUAUUCUACCUACUCAAUUUCUAUGCUUGUAAAAGCUCUAGCGCAACACCACACAGUCGUGUCGUUCCUUUCUCUACGCGUGCCGGUGGGGUUAGCCUGUGUCCACUCUAAGGGAAAACAACCGGGGAAGAUGCCGUCAAAGAUUAUUUUUGAAACCGAAGACAUCGGGAUGGAAGGUGAAAUGGACAUUAGUGCGGGCAGUACGACACCAAAAAAAAUAAAAGAGAAGAAGACCAAGGAGGGAAAGAAAAUCAAGAAACAGAAAACGGUUGUUGAAGAAGAACCUGACUGUGAACCUCCUGCUCCCAAGAAGAAGAAGAAGAAAAAUAAGGAAAAAGAGGACAAAACUAAUGGGGGCGCAGAAGUUGAUGUUAACAGCAACGCAGAAGAAUCACCUUUGAAGGACAACACAUCUCUUUCCAAUGAGGAGUCUGCAGACAAUGACAAAGCAACCGAGAAGAAGAAGAAGAAAAAGAAAAAGGAAAAAAAGACAGAUGAAAAGGUCAUCGUCAACGGAGUGUUGCCUGAGACUCCCACGCUGAUUGCACAAACUAAUGGGCAUACCGCGGCGACAACUCCAGCACAAUCAAGCGAGGACUCCGACAGUGGAAAAGAAACCGAGACGCCAGAACAGAAAGAGGGAGCCUUCUCUAACUUCAGAAUCUCCCCCAACACCAUUAAACUACUUCAAGCAAGAGGCAUAUCUUACCUCUUUGACAUCCAAACACAAACCUUCAAUUCUGUGUACGAGGGAAAGGAUGUGAUUGGCCAGGCAAGAACAGGCACUGGGAAAACUUUAGCUUUUGCCAUUCCGCUGAUUGAGAAACUCCAAAAUGACCCAGAUGACAAGAAGAGGGGCAGAGCCCCAAAGAUUUUGUGCCUUGCUCCAACCAGAGAAUUGGCUAUUCAAGUAUCCAAGGAUUUCAAGGACAUGACAAAGAAACUGUCUGUUACUUGUUUCUAUGGUGGGAGCUCCUACAACCCCCAACUUGAUGCAAUCCGCAGUGGCAUCGAUAUCCUAGUGGGAACUCCAGGUCGUAUCAAGGACCAUCUACAGAAUAACAAACUGGACCUGUCUCAAUUGAAGCAUGUUGUAUUGGAUGAAGUGGACCAAAUGCUUGAUAUGGGCUUUGCAGAACAAGUGGAGGAGAUACUGUCUGCGUCUUACCAAAAAGACUCUGAGACCAACCCCCAGACCCUGCUCUUCUCUGCCACAUGCCCAUCGUGGGUGUAUGAUGUGGCAAAGAGGUACAUGAGGCCAACCUAUGAGCAUGUGGACCUCAUUGGCAAAAAGACCCAGAAAACUGCCACCACAGUAGAGCACCUUGCCAUAGCGUGUCACUGGUCCCAGAGGGCUGCAGUCAUUGGGGAUGUGGUGCAGGUUUACAGCGGGAGCCACGGCCGCACCAUCGUCUUCUGUGAGACCAAGAAGGAUGCCAACGAGCUGUCAAUGAAUGCCUCCAUAAAACAGAGUUCCCAGUCACUUCAUGGGGACAUUCCUCAGAAGCAGAGGGAGAUCACACUGAAAGGCUUCAGAAGUGGCACCUUCGAGGUCCUAGUGGCCACCAACGUUGCUGCCCGCGGGUUGGACAUCCCAGAGGUAGACCUGGUCGUGCAGUGCUCACCCCCAAAGGAUGUGGAGUCCUACAUUCACCGGUCAGGUCGAACUGGUCGGGCUGGCAGGACUGGCGUCUGCAUCUGUUUCUACCAACGCAAAGAGGAAGACCAGCUCCGAUAUGUAGAGCAGAAAGCGGGCAUUACAUUUAAGCGAGUUGGAGUGCCCACGGCCAAUGACAUCAUCAAAUCGUCCAGUAAAGACGCAGUGAGGUUUUUAGACUCUGUGCCUCCCCAAGCCAUUGAGUAUUUCCGCGUGUCUGCUACCAAGCUGAUUGAGGAGCGUGGGGCCGUGGAGGCCCUGUCUGCCGCCCUGGCACACAUAUCAGGAGCUACUGCCUUGGAGCAGAGGUCCCUCCUCAACUCUGACACGGGCUACACCACAAUGACAAUGAACUGCUCCCAAGAGCUGCAAAACAUUGGCUGCGCCUGGCGUGGUCUGAAGGAGCAACUGGGAGAGGAGAUUGACAACAUGAUCCGGGGGAUGACCUUCCUCAAGGGCAAAAUGGGAGUCUGUUUUGAUGUCCCGGCUGACAAGGUAAAGGAGUACCAGGAUGCCUGGCAGGAUGGUAGACGUUGGCAGCUGUCAAUCGCCACAGAGCUUCCUGAGCUGGAGGAGAAACCGCGCAUGGGUGGUGACCGUGGAUAUGGACGUUCCUUCGGAGGACAGGGAGGUGGCCGUGGCUUCAGAAACGGCGGAGGAGGCGGCGGAAACUGGAGAGGUGGAGGCAGUCAUAAACGCAGCUUCAGCAGUGCGUUUGAUUAUUAACCACUGACUUCCCAGUCACUGGACUGUUGUCAUAGCUGUCUGUCUGUUUCCUGGUUUUUACUGGUGUUUGGUGGACUGACUGUUACCAGCGCAAAAGGAAAUUCCGCAAAAUAUAUGUAUGACCUGAUUGAUUUGCAAUUAUGCAUUCAACUAUCUGUACUUGGAAUAAGCCCAUUCAUUAAAGGUUGUCUGAGGAAAUUAAA